AAUCAGAGAAGCUUUUACUGGCGGGUGGGCCGGGCCGGCCCAGCUGCUCGGAGGCUCUGGCAUGUCGGUUCCCGAUUCUGGCCCCAGGCCCUUGGCAACACCUGCCCCUUUCCCACCGGGGCCCCCCAUGAUGCCACCACCCUUCAUGCCCCCUCCAGGGAUCCCUCCACCCUUCCCCCCAAUGGGGCUGCCUCCCAUGAACCAGAGACCACCUGCCAUCCCUCCCAUCCCCCCUGGCAUGAUGCCUCCGAUGCUUCCACCAAUGGGGGGGCCACCACCAAUUACACAGAUACCAGGGAUGGUACCACCCAUGAUGCCAGGGAUGCUGAUGCCCGCGGUACCUGUCACUGCAGCGACGGCCCCAGGUGUGGACACCGCCAGCUCUGUUGUGACUGGAGCAGACCCUACGAGGGUUUUGUGGAGUGAACAUGUGGCUCCUGAUGGGCGAAUCUACUACUACAAUGCAGAUGACAAGCAGUCUGUAUGGGAGAAGCCCAGCAUCCUCAAGUCCAAAGCUGAGUUGCUGUUGUCUCAGUGCCCCUGGAAAGAGUACAAGUCAGACACUGGCAAACCCUACUACUACAACAACCAGAGUAAGGAGUCCCGGUGGACCCGGCCUAAGGACCUGGAUGAACUGGAGGCUUUGGUCAAACAGGAGGCUGCAGGGAAGCCACAGCCACAGCCACAGCCACAGCCACAGCCUGAGCCACCUCCUGCUACUCCCGGCCCGGCCCCAGUCCCUACAGGCCUCACUGAACCUGAGCCAGGUGGGCAUGAAGACUGUGAACUGUCUGAACCUGCCCAGCCUCUGGAUCAGGGGCUUCUGCAUCAGGAGGAAAGCACUAGCAGUGCUGCAAGGCGACAGGAGGAGGAAGAGCCAAAGCUGGAGCCAGAGAGGUCAAGCUUCAGCUGGAGCAACCGAGAAAAGGCAAAGCAGGCAUUCAAGGAAUUGCUAAGGGACAAGGCUGUCCCCUCCAAUGCUUCAUGGGAACAAGCCAUGAAGAUGGUGGUCACUGACCCCCGCUACAGUGCUCUGCCAAAACUAAGUGAGAAAAAGCAGGCAUUCAAUGCCUACAAAGCACAGCGGGAGAAAGAAGAAAAGGAAGAGGCCCGUUUGAGGGCCAAGGAGGCCAAGCAGACCCUUCAGCACUUUCUGGAACAGCAUGACCGUAUGACCUCUACCACCCGAUACCGGCGAGCAGAGCAAACAUUUGGGGAACUGGAAGUUUGGGCUGUAGUACCUGAGCGGGACCGUAAGGAAAUCUAUGAUGAUGUCCUCUUCUUCCUCGCCAAGAAAGAGAAGGAACAGGCUAAACAGCUGCGUCGCCGAAAUAUCCAGGCUCUAAAGAGCAUCCUGGAUGGAAUGAGCAGUGUCAGCUUCCAAACUACCUGGUCCCAAGCUCAACAGCACCUCAUGGACAACCCCAGCUUUGCCCAGGACCACCAGCUGCAGACCUGCUCCCUGCGGGCAGACAUGGACAAGGAGGAUGCGCUGAUCUGCUUUGAGGAGCACAUCCGAGCACUGGAACGAGAAGAGGAGGAAGAGCGUGAGAGGGCACGACUUCGGGAGAGGCGCCAGCAUCGCAAGAACCGAGAAGCCUUCCAGACCUUCCUGGACGAGCUGCACGAGACAGGGCAGCUGCACUCCAUGUCUACCUGGAUGGAGUUGUACCCAGCGGUCAGCACCGAUGCCCGCUUUGCCAACAUGCUGGGCCAGCCGGGCUCCACCCCUCUGGAUCUCUUCAAGUUUUAUGUAGAGGAUCUGAAGGCCAGAUUCCAUGAUGAGAAGAAGAUCAUUAAGGACAUCCUUAAGGAUAGGGGCUUUAGUGUGGAAGUGAACACAGCCUUUGAGGACUUUGCACAUGUCAUCAGCUUUGACAAGAGAGCUGCUGCACUGGACGCUGGCAAUAUCAAGCUGACCUUCAACAGCCUAUUAGAGAAGGCAGAGGCACGAGAGCGGGAGAGGGAGAAGGAAGAAGCGAGGAGGCUUCGGCGUAGGGAAGCUGCCUUUCGGAGCAUGCUGAGGCAAGCUGCCCCUGCCCUAGAGCCUGGCACUGGCUGGGAGGAGGUCCGAGAGCGCUUCGUGUGCGACUCUGCCUUUGAACAGAUCACAUUGGAGUCAGAGCGGAUACGCCUCUUCCGAGAGUUCUUACAGAGCGAGUGCCAGCACUUUCACAUCAAAGGCAGAAAACACGGCAAAAAGGGCAAGAAACAUCAUCGAAAGCGAUCCCAUUCACCUUCGGGCUCUGAAUCUGAGGAGGAUGAGCAACCACCCCUUCUUCGGCCCUCCAAACGCAGAAAAUGGAAUCCUUCUGAGUCAGGCUCUGAACCUUCAUCUUCACUUGAUUCAGCUGAGAGUGGGGGUGGCCCUCUUGGGAGCCGGGGCUCUCCCUCUAGCCGCCCCCCUCUUGGAGCAGAUCAUGGCUUCCGGAAGUCUAAGAAGCCGAAGAAGAAAGGCAAGAAGAAGAGGCACAAGUCGAACAGUCCUGAGAGUGAAAUAGAGCGAGAGAAAGAGAAAGGAGGCAAGGAAAUGGAAGAGAAAGAACGAGAACGGGACAAAGAGAGGGAAGCCCGGAGGCCAGAGCCCCGGAAUCGGUCCCCUGGCCUUGGACUUAAGAAAGAGAAGACAGGCUGGGACACAUCAGAGAGUGAGCUGAGUGAAGGGGAACUGGAACGGCGCCGCCGGACACUUCUGCAGCAGCUGGAUGAUCAGCAGUGACCCUGAGUCUCACUCUCCCCUUGUGGGACUGUGUGAAGCCUGUGUUCCUAGUACCACCCUUGUUAGCCAAGCUACCCAGCCCAGGACUCCUUCCUCAAACUGGUUGAUGCCCGUUGUCCCUAAAGCACCCUGUUCCUGUUUGGCAAAACCCCUCCAAAGGCCAGCAUCAGCACUAUAAGGUUGCCCCAGCUGCUCUUCAGAGGCCCCCCCCCUUUAUCAUCUUGGACAUCCAAUAUAGUUCUUGGCAUCACCCCUACUCCCUUGUCCAGGCCUGAUGGGGUUAGGCAGCACAAACAUGAGAGUGAGGAGGAUGGCAGGGGGAGUUGUGCCACUAGUGACUACUUGUCAUUACCUCUUUCCCUAGGAAGGGUCACUGUGUGAGAGAAUUGCAGUCUGCCAAUGGGCACUGAGCCAGUUGGGAAUGGGGGGGGAGGGAGGCAUUCUAGGCCAUUCAAAGUAGCUCUGCCCCUUACCCCUCCUACCCUGGCCCAAUGGCGCUACCUCUUCCUCUCUCCAACCUGGGAACUCAGUGUUUUUUUUUUAAAUAAUUAAUAAUGAUAAUAUUUAUAACAUG